UCAAACACGCCCACUACAAUGAAAUCGAAACCUAUUUGAGGAAUAAAGUCUCCAUUUUGCAACCGCCUCGAGUCCGGAAUCGUUCCCGCAGCUCACAGAACCUGCAGCACUAUCUGAGACGAUGGCUUUUAACCAGCAGUCCCCUUUCUACAACCCGAGAAUCCCCUUCACUGGAUCCAUCCAUGGUGGUUUGCAGGAGGGGAAGUCCAUCAGCAUCAAUGGACGAGUCCUUCCUGGAGCCGAUAGGAUGCAUGUGAAUUUACAGUGUGGAUCCAGGACCAAUGCAGACAUUGCUCUCCACUUCAACCCACGGUAUGACUCUGGUCAACCGUAUGUGGUUACCAACACCUUCCAAAAUGGCAGCUGGGGCUCUGAAGAGAGGAAGCUCAACGCUCCGUUCCCUGCUGGCUCUCCCUUCAGCCUGCUCAUCAUGGUCACCCGUGAUUUCUACCAGAUUAAUGUCAAUGGUAGCCACUUUAUGGACUACAGACACCGUAUCCCGUUUCAGAGGGUGGACACCAUCUCAGUCGGCGGGAAAGCAGAAAUUUCCUCCAUUGCCUUCCAGAACCCUGUGACUGCGUUUGCGUCACAAGUAGGCUUUCCUACUCUGGCUGCCUACCCUCCUGCAUUUCCACCUCAGCCUGGAUUCCCCUCACAUCCUGGAUUCCCCCCGCAGCCCGGAUUCCCGCCGCAGCCUGGAUUUCCUCCUGCAAUGCCUGUUGUUCCAUAUAAAAACAUGAUCAGUGGUGGACUUCAGCCUGGCAGGACCAUCACUAUCCAGGGGACUGUUCACCCCAGUGCCACAAGGUUUCAUGUGAAUCUCAGCCAUCACUCUGGCAUUGCUCUGCAUUACAAUCCACGUUUCAACGAGAACAUUGUUGUUCGAAACACCAAGCAGGGGCAGCAGUGGGGCUCCGAGGACCGCAACGGAGGGAUGCCCUUCCAUCGGGGACAGCCUUUCACGCUCACCAUCUGUUGUGAGAAUAACGCCUUCAGGAUUGUGGCCAAUGGGAUGCAGGCACACAACUAUAAGCACCGUUUCACUCCGCUCCAACACAUUACCCUCCUGGAGAUUGACGGUGACAUCAGUCUGACCUCUGUGUUGGUGUAGAGAUCCAGGACCAGUCGCUGGUCAUCUUACACAUAGCAUGGUUUCACUGAUUACAACCAUUGCAUUUAUUCACAAAUUCAUGAUAACUGAUUCUCUCCUGUGUAUUCAGUUAACCACUCUCAUUUUUGUAUUACUGCAUGCUAUACAUUUCCUGAAAACUUUGUAGUAAAAGUAGUGAAACGCUGAAUUAAAAUAUACUGUGACAGAACAUG